AUGGACAAAUCCAUCUGUACAUUAUUACUGCUAUUAUCCCAGCUAUCCAUUCAGAUACUGUGUGUGUAUGGUGAGGGUUUUUCACUGGCACCCAUUGAACUUAAUCCUAUCCCCUGUAAUGACAAAGCAGUGGAGAAGCUGUCUCGUCUGGCUGUCACUUACAUCAAUGAGGAUCGUGCUGAUGGGUAUAAGUUUGCCCUCAACCGCAUAGCAAAUGUCCACCUGCAUGCUCAGGGCCCAGCAGGCAAUGUAUAUUAUCUGGACCUGGAUGUCCUGGAGACCAAGUGUCACAUAGGCAGCCCAAAACCAUGGAAACGCUGUGACAUCAGACCAUUCAUGGAAACACAAAUCUCUGGCAACUGCAACACCACCAUUCUUCACACACCAAAGGGCUACACCUACUUGUACAGCUACGACUGCACGCUAGUACCAGAUCCCCCAGAGAAGCUCGAGAAGAUCUGUCCAACCUGCCCCUUCUUGCUGUCUGUAGACAGCCAAGAGGCCAUAGCUGCUGCUCAGAUCACUCUGGCAACCUAUAAGAGACAGUCCAAACUGGCCGCAGGUCUUGGGUUGAAGAAGAUCACCAGAGCUGCAGCACAAACUGUGCCAGUGAAAGGCACCUUUGUGGAGUACACAGUCCAAGAGUGUCCAGAGGGAGUGACAGCAAGAGGCAUGUGCCAGCCACAGACACUGACUUCCGACACAGAGACUGCAGGUUUCUGUGCAGGAUCUGUGCAUGGAAACAUAAACAUCAAUCCUGACGUUCAGGUGUCCUGUGAGAUGUUCAAAGUACAGAAUGUGGACAUCUUCAGACCAGUGCAACCGCAGGGUCAAGACCUCCCCUUAGAUCCCGCCAUCCCGACCGUACCGCCUCUGAUCGUUGACCCAGGAAAUGAUCAGCAGCCUGCUACCUCUGAGCCCUCACCGUCCUCUGCUGCACCACUUGACCCAACACACAUUCCCCCUGCACCCUUUGACCCCCCAGGUUGUGCUAAGCCCUCUAACCCCCUCUUCUCAUCUUCCAGUGAGUCUGAUGAAGGUAUAAUAGGCAUUCAACAGCGACCACCAGGUGCUGGGCCAUUUGUCUCAUCCUCUGAAGAGGUUGUUGGCCUUGUGGCACUACGUCCGCCCUUUAACUUCCGCUACCAGAAGCGUGACCGCAAGAAACGGCAGGCGUUGAUGGAGACCUCAUCCUCUCACAACCCCAUAUUCCUUGCUGAUUUUCCCAGUGGGACAUCUCCUUUCCGCUCCUGUCCUGGUCCUGCUCGAUACACCACAGUUUAAGGGGCUAGUUUGUUCUUGUUUGGUGUAUCUGAUGAGAUUCGAUGGAUUAACUGGUCCGCUCCCUCGCAAUGGCACUUAAGUGUUCACCUUUAACAAUUUGUGCUAAUGAGAGGAAUGCUAUUUCCUCCUACAAAUUACCUCACUGCUACUACUAUAAUAGUGUUCCCAGAACAGCUGGUGCUUAAACCUGGAUAGUAUUGAGAAUGGCUUCAAAUGCUUGGACAGUUUGAGUAAAUCUUGUUUGGAAUGUCACAUACUUGAAUAUGACCUUAAGCCAAAAAUCUGACAUUACUCACAAUACCU